AUGUCAGCCCUACUCACUCUCCCUGCUGAACUGCGAAACCAGAUCUAUGACCUUUUGUUCAUCGAAACAUGUCCCUAUACCUGCGCUGCCAAUAACACCUCCACCUCGCAAAGUCUCGCCGACUUUGGGAAGCCUACGAACUUAGACGAGACAACAGCGACCCCUGCCCAACCCUUACUUUUGACAUGUCGACAGAUGCAUAGAGAAACCCAGCUCUUGCAUCUCCAACGUACCUCCUUCACCGUCGGCGGCAUCUAUGCCGAUCCAGAAGCCUUUGCGCGUCUCUGUACCGCCAAUCUAUCACCACCAUUGGCGAAACAGUUGAGACACAUCACACUGGUAGGACGCAUCAAUCGUCUACGCGCUCUCAAUGAGUCUUGGAAUGGUGUACCCUUUGGAAACCCACAUCUCUCGCUCGAGACAUUGGUCCUCGUUCCACGACGUCCUGCCCAAUAUGAUCGCCAUUACGCCGAGAUUGCAGACUUGGACUCGGCACACACCUUGUCGUAUACCUUGUCCGAGACGCUGAAGAAUCUGCACAAUAUUCAAAGAGUAGUAGUGAGGAACGAGGAUGAUUGUUUCAAUGCUGUCGUGUGGAAGGUUAUUUACCGAAAUCUGAUAAGCCGCCUGCUGAGGUGGGGUGGGAAGUUGUGUAGUUGUAGGUUCAGAGAAGGUGAUAACUGGUUCGAAGUACUUGUUGAUGGUCGAAAUGCGGAUCCAGAGGUUUAUAGAGACGCAGAUACAGAGUUCCAGCGCGUGAUUGGUUGA